UCCUGCCGAUCAAGCAGAUGAAGCCAUGCUGGCUGUUGCUUUUGCCAGCGGGGCGUCAUCAGAGAGACUGCCACUCUGAGAGUUCACCUCAGCGCUAAGAAAUUAAAGGUGGAGCUGGCCCUUCUCCACCAGACCAAGCGAGAUUUCGACUCCGCUGCCGGGCGGCGUGAUUGGCCUGUGUCUCAGGUACGCCCGCUCAGUGUGCUGAUGCCUGGCGUUUUUCUCCGGAUUCAAAGACAAUGGAAGUCAACCGAGAGCCAAAACAGCUAAUCAUCCGCAGUCACAAUCUCAAAUUGGUCGUCGUCGGAGCCACUGUGGACGAACCGUCAUGCAAUUCUUCACACCAGUCUGGCUUGGCUCGCUCGUCAAGUCUUGCUAUCCCUGCGAGGUCCGGUUCUGUUAUUUCGAUAGACCGCCCCCAUUGGACAGGUAACAUCCAUGUCUUGAAUCUCCCAUUGUUCAAUAUCCAAAUACGGAUUCGACGUCCUUCAAGUCCACGCUCCAUAUCACAUUGUAUUAUUAUCCUCUCCAACCUCAAUGUGGUGGCGAGUCUCCAUAGUCAUGACGUCCAUACUCCAUACUGUUUCCAAACACCACAAGCAGGUCCAGGCCCAGAGAGGCGGGAAGUGUGGCUCAAUAAUAUCGCCCAGUAUACCCUCCAUAUCCUCGGGGUGGUGAAGGAAGUUCAGCUGUCCAAUUCACUUUCCCCGUAAACAAAUACAAACUAGUGCUUAGCAGCAGACUUUAAACAUGAACGAUGGCGAUAACAAGGCCAAGCCAGGCGCCGUACAAGCCGG